AUUUAUGUUUUUCAAUUAUUUGACUAUUACUCAGCAAGUGGUAUGACUUUGCUUUGGUUUUGUUUCUUUGAAUGUGGAGCUAUAGCUUGGGUUUAUGGUGUAGAAAGAUUUUAUGACAAUAUCUCUGAUAUGCUUGGAUUUAGAAUUGGACCCUGGCUACGGAUUUGUUGGACUUACAUCACUCCGACAGUUACAGGUGGCAUAUUUCUCUUCAGUUUAAUCACAUUUAAACCUGUAACUUAUAAUAAAGUUUAUGAAUAUCCAUUGUGGGCCACUGGAAUUGGAUGGGCAAUGGCUCUUGCUUCCAUGAUGUGUCUCCCUGUCUAUUUUUUAUACAAAAUGUUAGUUACACCAGGAACCCUUACUCAGAGAUGGAAAGUUUUGACUACUCCAUGUAUACCACCAAGAUUACUUCCUACUACUGAACAAGUAUCUUCAGCACUUUUAAAACCAUCUGCAUUGAAUUGUAAUGGUAUUGAUUCAAGUACAAUUGUAUGAGAAUAACACAGUAUUAUAAAUUUAAGAAAAAAGAUUAGUCCAGUGCAUGUAUCCCAUUAUCCCUUUUUCAUCAGUAAUAUUUUUAGAUGUUUUUCAGGUACUAAAUAUUUUAAAAUCAAUUUUGCAGUAUAAUUUUAUCAUAAAGCAUGUGUAAAUUUUUCAUUGAUUUGUAUUGUAUGGGACCACAUAGAUUGAAAAUUUAUUUUCCUCUUCCAUUAAUGUUCUCAAAAUUUCGUAAACUGCUUGGAGAACAUAUUCGAUUGGUGCUUCGAAUAAUAGCUGUAUCCACCUUCACUGCUCACCAUGUAAUGUAUAAAGCUUUGUAUGUAUAAUUUCAAUCAUAAAAUUUAUUUGCGAUAGGGACCAUGUAAAAAGAAUGCAAGUAAAAUAUGUAUUUCUGUUGGUAUUUUGGCUAUUUGGUAACGGCUUAGUUUUGCAAAAUACCAUUAUUGAGAUUUAUCCACUUUUAUAUUAUUUUAAAACCUUCCAAACGAUCAUCAAUCAAUUUAGACUGUGCCAAUAUUUUAGUCCGUUGAUGUUUUAAACUGUACAAGAUAUUCUUUGUAGUAAAAAUAUUUCUUCAGAAAACUAAAUGAAUUGUGUUAUAUGAGAUUAUAAUAGUUAUUAAAAUGUGCUGUAGAAAUUAAUUUGUACAAUAAUGAAAUCUAAAAAAUUUUGAUAGUAAUUUAAAAUUAUGUUUUAAACAAAGUAAAAUUAUUGUAAAUGAUUUAAAC